UAACAAAGUCUACAAUUCGGCCAAAUUCAAGCCACUCGCAAACUUAGUCAAAUUCCAAAGUAACCACCAUGGCUAAACGCGAUAUCCUGCCCGUCUUUCCCUCCCGGGCCAAUUCGGUGAUCAUGAAACAGCGGGUUUUGGCGGCGAGGAGGGGCGUGGGUCUCCUAAAACGGAAGCGGGACGCCAUCGACAUGAAGUUGCGCGAACUGCGGCGCAUUCGCUUCGACCAGGACAUGCUGGGGGAUGAGAUGAUGCGCCAUGCCAUAUUCUCGAUGGCAAAGGCCAAUCUCCUGGGCGCCGACUUCAAGCCGCAGAUGGUUAGCCGCAGCCACGCGGCAUCCGUAUCUCUCCGCCGCACGGAGAUCAAAAUUGUGGGCGUCAAGCUGAACACCCUGGAGCUGGACACGAAGGGCGUGGGCGCCUUUCCACUGGCGGGUCUCAGUUGUGGUGGCAUGCAGGUCAACCGGAUCAGGAAUGCCUAUACGACGGCACUCAAGGCACUGGUGGAGUUCUCCUCCCUCGAAUACCAAGUGCGCAUGCUGGAGGCGGCCUCGCUGCAGACCAACAUGAGGGUCAAUGCCCUGGAGCAUGUGGUAAUACCCGUUUUGCAAAAUACCUACAACUAUAUAUGCGGCGAGUUGGAGGAGUUCGAGCGCGAGGACUUCUACCGCCUGAAGCGUUCCCAGGCAAAGCAGCUGGAGGCCAAGAUGGCCUUCACCGAGCUGAUCAAGACCAAGAACAUGACCGACGAGGAGCUGGAGAGCUACAUAAAGCGGAACAUCAGUCAGGCACGUCCUGCCGCCGACACUCCCUUCGAUCAGGAUGAGUUCGAGGAGCGGGAGGUGAAGCGGCGAAUGCGGGAGGCUCGAAUGUCCAUGAAGCAGCGCCGCGAGGAGGAGAGGAAGGAGUCCCUUGAGCGGGGCGAGCCCCCGCCGCCCACAUCCUUUAUCACCACUCAUGGCGCCUCGCUGAGUUUCGCCGGUCGCCAGAGGGAUCCGCGUGCCAGCAGUGGGGAUCUGUACAGCACCAAGCGGAUGCUCCUCUCCUCCUUCUCUGGGCCGGAAAGGAAGUCCGCUAUUUCCGCGUCCGAGAGAAAGUCCGAUGUUACUGCGCCCGAAACCAAGGAAACCGAGGAAGCCCAGGAAGCCCAGGAAACCCAGCGCAGAUCCAGUGAGUCGUCAAAAAGAAAUGACGAUCCGCCCCAGGAAAGUUAAUCGAAUUCCAAAUAAAUUUCAGUUGCACCAUCAUAAAGGUCGAAAGCAAAUCUUAUUUUAAAUCAAACUGAAUUUAACAUAGCUCGAAACUGCACUUGUCGAAAUAAUACAAAGUA